AAAUGUUUCGGAAACCAACUGAACUCGAACUAGAAUUGUCCAAACUCCUCAAGGAACCAAAACCAUUCACCCAGGAGGAAGAAACUCAGGAUAACAAAGAUGAAGCGAAAGAAGAAGAUUACCCUAUGAGCUUAGCAGAAGUGAGAGAAAAGCGCAAAAUGAUGGCCAGAUUAAGGGCUCAGCAGUCUUACAAACAGGCUAAGGCAAUGAGACACAGCAAGAUCAAAAGUAAAAAGUUUCAUCAGAUCCAGCGGAGGGCCAGAGUAAAGCAACAAUUGAAGGAAUUUGAGGAACUUCAACAGAAGGAUCCCGAGGCAGCACUAAAAAAAUUGGAGGAACUGGAAAAAACAAGGGCCCAGGAAAGAGUGACAUUGCGACAUCGUUCCACAGGACAGUGGGCUAAAAACCUUGCUGUUCGUGCCAAGUAUGACAAAGAUGCUAGGAUCGCAUUGGCAGAGCAACUGGCUAAGAGCAGGGAGCUAACUGUAAAGCUGGCAAAGAACAAGGAGAGUGAGUCUGAGAAGGAAGAAGAAGAGGAGGAGGAAGAGGAGCCACCACAACUGCAGCAGAUUGAAGAGGAUGGCCCUAAUAAUGAGUGGUUGGUGAAACAGAGCAAGGAAAUGGUGGAUUUUGUCAGUGGGUACCGCAAAUAUUGGGAGACCAAGGUGAAAAAACAGGAAAAUGAGGCUGGGAGUGAUACAGAGGUGAAAGGAAACAACAUUCCAUGUAGCAAUGAGUCGGAGAUGGAAAACCCCAGUGAGGGAAACACCGAGUUAAAACAGGACAAAAUAAAACCUCUGAGUAAUGUUGAAAAUAAAUCCAGCGAAGGAAACACAGAGUUAGAACAGAACAAAAUAAAAGCUCUGAGUAAUGUUGAAAAUAAAUCCAGCGAAGGAAACACUGAGUUAGAAAAGGACAAAAUAGAAGCUCUAAGUAAUUUUGAAAAUAAAUCCAGUGAAGGAAACACUGAGUUAGAACAGGACAAAAUAAAAGAUCUUAGUAAUGUUGAAAAUAAAUCUAGUAAAUCUCUUAAGAAAAACGUGCAAAUUAAAAAUUUGUUUUUCAUGAGUGAUAGUUCUGUAAAUACAAAUGCCAAAGCAGUACACAAUAAAACGGCUUCUAAUUUUAAAGUUAGUUCUUCAAACAAAAAUGCCAAACCAGUACAUAAUAAAACGGCUUCUAAUUUUAAAGUUUCUAAAUCUACGCAUAAAAAUAAAACGUCUAAAAAAAAUAGUGAUUCACUAGCUACCAGAAAUGGUUUUAAAAAUUUUGAAAGUAAAAUGGGAUCUUGGAUUGUGACAAAACACUCGCAAGUAAAAGGCAGAAAAAUUAAAAAUAUAGGAAAAGAUAAAGGCAAUGAAAAAAGAAUAAAAAUAUCAAGUGGGACUUAUGAAAUAAUGGAAACCAGAAAAAGGCAUAAUACAGAAGUUGUUCCUGAACAUCCAGGUGAAGUAGGUGAAACAAACGGACUUUACAUGAAUACACAGAAAGCUAAAAAAGUAAAGAGUUUAGAUGAGAUGUUUGAAGAGGUUGAAGAAAAAUUACAAAACAAAGUUCAGGAAAAACUAAAUCAGAUCAGUAAACAAUUAGAUAGUAAACUGGAGAACAAGGAUAACAAUGAGAUGGAAUUAGAAACAGAUGAAAUUCCCAGUUUGAAAAUGAAUAGACAGAAUAUAACAGCUGAUGUUGAUGAGGAAUUAGCAGAAGAAACUCGAGUUAAUAAUAAACGGAACAGAGUAGAACGUGAUGUUGUGGCAAAGGCAAUAGCAACUGCUUCAGCAAAAGUAACCUCUGGAGAAGACAUUGAUCCUAAUAAGUUCCAAGAGGUGACUCCGAGACUGCUUGCAUCUGAGUUGCCAGAGAUGGUGACUGAAGGUGAAGAAGCGAUGGACCAAGAGGAUCAAGCUGCCAAAGAUCGGCAUCUCGUUAUUACAGAGGCCUUUGCUGAGAGUGAUGUUGUCGAACAGUUCCAAAAGGAGAAGGAGGACGAGACCAGCAAGUCCGCAGUUGGGGAUGUGAACUUGAGUCUGCCAGGCUGGGGAAGCUGGGCCGGUCAUAAUCUGAAGCCAGUGACACGACGCAAGCGCAAGAAGUUUGUGAUAAAGUUCCCACGGGUAAUCCCUCGUAGAGACGCCAACCGUGGCAAUGUUAUCCUCAACGAGGAUGCUGACAAGCCCAUCAAAGAGCACCAGGUGUCAGAAGUGCCGUUUCCAUUCACCAGUGUCCAGGAAUAUGAAGCCAGCAUGAGGGCACCCCUGGGUUCCACCUGGGUACCUCAGACGGCCCACAAGAAGUUGACACGGCCUGCUCUGAUCACAAAGCUUGGCACUAUCAUCUCCCCUAUGGAUGAGGACCAACUAGUUGCUGUAAAUAAACAGAAAAAACUUCCUAAGAGAAAACCACAAAAUGUAAUGAGAAAAAAUCAUAUAACAGAAGUAAAAAAAUAAAAAUUAAGUAUUUUGUUUAAA